GCAAGAUGCGCUGGGGGACGCUUGGGAUUCUCCCAUCCCCACGCCCGGUCUGACGUAGGACUCGGCAACAGGGUCUGUACGGGGAAGCGGAGGUGAUUCAUAGGAAGUGCCAGUCUGAGUAAUUUCGACAAAACUCACCAGCAAAGGGCCUUCUUGUCGUUGGAAUGACUUCGGAUAUUACGACUGCAUUCUCUUAUCCUGUACAUGGCAUGACUUGUAUCCUGCACACAGCGCUGGCCCAGUCUGUCCAAGCAGGUAUACUAAGCGGUCGCAUUUGACGACACUCGUGGUAUUACAGUGAUUAAUCUGCUUGAUCGAGUUAGAUUUAAACAAGUGAGUGGCAUCGUAUUGUGUGGAUACAAGAUUGUUAUGAUGUACUGUAUUUCUCAAAAAAUAUCUGAAGUGUAAGAUUUGCGAGCCAAAGAGACUUUUAUAAAGAAGGAAGCCUUAUCUAUAUUUCAUGCGGUUUGACCAGUUGGCAUGACAGUUUAACUGUAUAUAUAUAUAAAAAACUCAAGCAUCUUUAUUGUUUAUAAACUUAGUAAGAUUGAAAUAUUUUAUACUAUAAUAAUCUUGAACAAUAAGGAAUUUGCCGGUGUUAUACCCAUCUUCAAAGGAAUAAAGACAAGCUUACAUUUGCUGUAUAUGGAUAACUAUGACACCCUAACUUGUUCUGUAAUUAACGCCAAAACCUCUUUGAAAACUUAUGGCUCUAGAGAAACUUCGGUCUGUAAGAAAAAAUAAAGGCAAAAGAUUUUGGUGACCCUUGUGCCUAAUCUGAAAGCUACUUAAAGUUACUUACAGGUGCAACAGUAACAAAACAAUCACACCUUUAAACAAACAGUUACAAAUCACCGUCAAAGUGGCCUCUUCCAUAAUCAUCCGCAGCCUGGACGAGAUCUCGAUCAGUUCAGAGAUCGACGCCGACAGAAUGAUGGAUGAUAACCUUCAGACCAAGUGCUCCACGGAACACUUGGAAGACGCGAAAAGAAGCAUCUCCGAGAGUCAAGCGUCCUCAAGGUUUUCUUCUGAUACCCCAAAGAAGAAGAAUUGUUUGAGAAGGAGUGUGAGCGUCAUUGCUGCCGUCAGCACAUCUCCCUCGAAGAGAAGUGCUGACCAGCAAAAAUUAAGGACAAGCUUAUCGCCUCUGCUGCCUCUGAUUUCGCCAAUCACGCCACAGUCUGAACCCUCCUCGCCUUGGAGGUCACCCUCAGAUCAUUCAGAUCUGAGGCCCUUUUCUCCCCCAAAGAAGAGGAGCAAAAGUCACAGCAUCAGCUUUCCAUGUAAGCUAAAGCUUCCUUCACCAGUGAGAAUCUGCAGCACUGACCAAGAGGUUGUUGACUUGACUGAGGUUGACAAUGUUCAGGAUCAGCCUCAGGAUUUAUCUUGCACUCGAAGUGCAAAAGCUGGUCGACGAUCUCCUCCUCCAGCAUACCCAAUAGAGUUGCAACUGAAUGUCAGUGCUCUAGGAGGAGCACAAGGUAAAGAAAAUGUCGGCGAAGAAAAGAAUGGUGUCAAAAAGGAUAGAGAAGACUACGUCAAGCACGGUGAAUCAUCGUCAUUUGAACGACUUCCAGUCAUAAACGACAAAAAUAUUCUAGGUAAGAUUUCCUUUAUGUUUUGUUGUGGGGAUAAGGAAAAACAACGUACAUUUUAUUCAUAUGAAAUAUGCUCUUUUCUAUAUAGUACGGACUAAAUAAGCAGAAUGAGCAUUUCGGAUUCUACUCUUUCAGAUCAAUUCCACUUUUACAUUCCCUUGACAAAUCUAAUAGCUGUAACACAUUAAUACUUACUCACUUUAAAUACCAGACGAUUUCAUAAAUCUCAUAUAAAUUCACACACGUAGAAGUACACCCUGUCACUGAUAUAAAUUUAUUGCUCUACAAAACUUGCAAUUUCUUCCAAAGCUCACAAGUUUGUUGGUAAAAAUCUCACAAGAACCUAAUAAAAAAAUUAGAUGUAAAGAAUGAGGGUGGACCAAAACCGUGUAAAACUAGUUACUCAGUAUAGAAAAGUCUAUAGUAUUCUUCUGUAGCAUUUCGUGAUGGCAGAAAUUAAGUUGAGCGAUUCAGUAUUUCACUGUGCAAACUUUUUUUUAACAAUAUCUAUUCAGUGUAACAUUUCGUGAUGGCAGAAAUUAGGUUGAGUAAUUCAACAUUUCACUGUGCAAACAUUUUUUAACAAUACCCUGAAAAAAUGGGCAGACAUUUUAAGAUUUUCUGCGGAGUUGAAAUUGUACAUUGCAUUAUAAAGGAAAUGCAAUCCUUUGGUUGGAUUCAAAGAUGACAUUAACGUGGCCGUAUUCUUCCUUCUUUCUUUCUCUUCAACUCAUAUACAGAAACGGCAACAGCUCUCAUCAUGGACAAAUCAAAAGCUGCAAGCUUAUGAAGCCCUUUGAACCGAAGCAAACAAAGGUAAUACAUUAUUAGCAAGAUAAAAUUGUUCACGAACAUUUCAAAUCAACAUCUGCAAGAUUUCAGUUAUAAUUUACCUCUCGCUAAAGGUUAACCCUAAUUAGGAACACUGCAACAUUAAUCUCUCAAGGAGUUUACCUGACAGCAUAGUGUAGCAAACCUAUAUAACCCUAGGUGAGUAGAGACAAUCCCUGAUGGA